AUGUACCCUCUAGGCCGAGCUGCACGCUUCUUCCUCGUGAUCAUAUUCUCAUUCUUUAUUUUACUCCUCCAUAGUAUUGACAAGCGACAAACUUACGCUCGACUUCAACUUAUUGACGUCACUUCCGGUUGGUAUCACCACGCUGAAUCAAGCCAAGAUAAAUAUCCAUUUUUUGGCAAACGUGGAGAGAAGGAUUUCGAUAUUUGUAAACAAACGUAUGGUGUUGAAUUCCAAAGACAUAGUGAAUAUUCAAGUCACAAGGUUUUUGAAAAUCUUCACCUAAAUUCGGAAAGUUUUGUCAUUGAGGUCGGAGGCUUCAAAGGAGAACUGAUGCGGGAACUUUUCCAGCUGUAUGAUAUCGGACUGUACGUUACUGUUGAGCCAGUGUGGCAAUAUUACAAGGUUUUAAUAAGUAAAUUAAAACAUUUACCACAAGGAAAAAUUCAAGCCCACAAUAUAGGUCUGGGUGCAAAGGACGACAAGAUUCAAGUUAAACCAGCAGGCAACCGAACGAGUUCGUUUGGUAAACAGAGAUUACAAGAGGAAUUUGGUAAAAACGGAAAUGAAUCAGAACAAAUGGCGGACCUCAGUAUUAGAAGUGUGGAAAGAUUCUUUCAGGAUAUGGGUAUCGGUGGUGAAGAUCAGCUCGAUCUAUUGAUUCUUGAUUGUGAAGGAUGUGAGUAUGACGUACUUGACUAUUUGCUGAAAUCUCCCGACGUGCUUCAUUACAUCCGGGUUAUUAUGUUCCAGUCACACAAGUUCAAAGGUCAUAGAAAGGAAUUAGUCCGUAAAUAUUGCACUUAUCAGCAAUUACUACCUUUAACUCACGAGAUUCAAUUCCAGAACAAGUUUUCAUGGGAAGUUUGGACACUCCGAAAUAAGAUGUAACUAAAUCGGUUCAAAUAUUACCAAUUGUUUACUUAUCUAUUGAUGAAAAAUGAUGACGUAAUG